AUGGCCCCCUCAUUCACCAUCGACAAUGACUCCGAUUUCAAUCCGACACCAGUAACAACAAAGACAUCUUCAUUCAACGCCCGCACUCUCCUCCUUGCGCCUCCCUCUAUAGCCAGCCACGAAGAGAGUCUCCGCAAUGUGCUCGCCACCCACGAUAGAGCGGUGACGGACCUGCAAAUGCUGGAUCGCCUCUCGGCCGGUCUGGUCACGCUCCCCGAUUCAACGUACGAUCUGAUCCUCAUACUUACCGAUGCCGAUGGUACGCGAAACGAAUCUACACAAUUGCUCGGGCGGGAGGUGUUCGCUAGGAUUGUGCAGGCCUUGAAGGCUGGUGGAAGGUUACAGGCGCAGAAUGGCACUUUUGGUCAGGAUUCUACAAGUGUUGAGUCAAGAGAGGGCAUUAUGGCGGGAUUAGUUCCCGAAGGUGAUGGCAUGAUAAAGCCGGACUACAGUGCGAGCGAAGCAGUACCUUUGCGUCUGCGAAGAAAAGAGAAGAGCGCCGCUGUCUCCAAUGCUGGACCAGCAGUAGACACAGCAGCUGUUCAAAUCAACGGCAAGGAGAAAUCUGUCGAGAUGGCCGUAGACAAACCAACCGGUGUUGGAUUUGUAGACUUCAGCGACGAUUUUGGAGAGCCUAUGAUUACAGGCGAAGAUGACGAGGAGGAUGAUGAUGAUGAGUUGAUUGACGAAGAUACCCUUUUGGCAGACGUAGAUAUGAACGCUGUCCAUGUCCCCAAAGAAUGCAUCCCAAAAGUGGGCAAACGCCGCAGAGCAUGCAAAGACUGCACAUGCGGCCUCGCACAAAAGCUCCAAGCCGAAGACGAAGCCAAGCGAGCCAACGCCGAUGCCCAACUCAAAACACUCAAGCUCGGUGCUGAUGAUCUUGCCGAAGUAGACUUCACCGUCCAAGGCAAAGUUGGCUCAUGCGGAAACUGCAGUCUGGGAGAUGCGUUCCGCUGCGAUGGAUGUCCGUAUAUCGGUAUGCCAGCUUUCAAGCCUGGCGAGGAGGUUAGAUUACUCAACAACGAUGUGCAGUUGUAA